AUGGACGAAAAGCAAGUGACCCCUCCGGAGGUUCAAGUCGCGCUUGACCAAGAAAAAGCUCAAGCAGGAGAACUCCUUGAAGCCCAGAAUCAAACAGACGACAAAGAUGUUGCAGCACAAUUCCUCACUCGCCUGGACCCAGCUAUCGCAAUUGAACCUGUCACCGAGACAGAAGCGCGCCGUGUACUAUGGAAAAUCGACCUGAUACUCAUUCCCUUGAUUAUGGUGACAGUGGUUCUGGCCGCUAUUGAUAAAGUCAUCAUCUCUAAUGCGGCGAUCUACGGCAUGAAGACAGACACCCACUUGACUGGCGACCAGUACUCCUGGGUAGGCUCAAUUUUCUACUUUGGAUAUCUUGCCUUUGAAUACCCGGCAGCGCUUCUGAUUCAGCGGCUUCCUGUGGCCAAGCUUUAUGUGGGCAUGGUCUUGGGAUGGGCAAUUCUGCUUCUGUGCACCGCAGCAACGCAGAACUUUGCUGGAUUGGCCACAGUGCGCUUUUUGAUGGGUAUGACUGAAGCUGCCGUAUUUCCAAUCUCCAGCAUUUUGACAGUCAUGUGGUGGAAGACAAGUGAGCAGCCAAUUCGUGUCGCGUUCUGGUUCAACCAGCUCUCCUCCGUUUUCUCGGGCGUUGUCAGCUAUGGUAUCGGCCAAACAAACACAGCUUUAGCACCUUGGAGAUUACUCUUCAUUGUGCUCGGUGUAUUCUCCUUCAUCUGGGCUGUUGUAUUGUACAUAUUCUUGCCUGACUCGCCCGUGCAAUGCUGGUAUUUCUCAGAUCGCGAAAAGUUCGUCUGCCUCGAGCGCGUCAAAGACAACAAUACAGGCAUAGAAGACAAAACCAUCAAGUGGUACCAAGUGCGGGAGUGCCUACUUGACCCCAAGACUUGGCUUCUGGCGUUGUUUUCACUGGCCCAGAACAUCCCCAAUGGUGGUCUGGUGACUUUUUCGGCUAUUAUCGUGACCGGUAUGGGGUAUACCCCGUUGAUCACUACCGUACUGGGUAUCCCCACCGGUGUGCUUGCAACGGUGUGGCAGAUCCUACUUAGUUUUAUUGCUGCUAGCGUGCCUAACUCCCGUUGCAAUAUUAUCGCCAUGGCCAACCUGGUGCCCAUGAUCUGCGCCAUCCUGAUGUGGAAGCUGCCUCGUGAGAACCAACAAGGUCUGCUGGCAGCAUACUAUGUCUUUUACACUUACUGGGCGCCAUACGUGCUAUCCACUUCGCUUCCAAUGGCCAACACCAGUGGGCAUAGCAAAAAAUUGACGAUGAACGCCGUCUUCUUCUUGGCGUAUUGUAUUGGCAAUAUCAUCGGUCCCCAAUGUUUCCGUUCCGAUGAUGCACCAUCGUAUUCACGAGGAUAUGAGGGACUUCUGGGCUGUCUCGUUGUGGCUAUAGCCGCCAUUCUUUCCUAUGGAGCUCUUUGUCGAUGGGAAAACAACCGUCGUGAUAAGGAAGCCCUAUCAAAUGCGGAGACAUCGGAGAUUGUCGCAUUUUCGGAUCUGACUGAUAAGGAAAAACGGUCUUUCCGCUAUACUUAUUAG